AUGUUUGCCGACAUACAAAAGACUCCAACAUCAGAUGAAAAUAUCCAGCAUAGAAUGGAAGAACUGAAAAAAAAUGUACACAAAUACAACAACCCUUUUUACUUACGAGCAUUUAACGUUCAAUCUUUGGAUGAACUCGGUGAAAAUAAAAGGUUAAAUUUCAAGAAAACAUAUAGAAAUGAAACAUUGUUUAAAGUUCAUUCAGAACCUAACCAAGAUGGAAACAAACCUACUUUUGUUUCUGCAGACGAUGGAACUACAAUGAGAUGGGGUCAUAAAGCUAAUCCGGAUAGGUGGUUCAUAAACUUACAACCACAAUUCCAAGAAGUUGUAGACGCAAUGGAAGUCAAUGGUGAACCAGAUAUAGCUGGUAUUUUAAGCGCGGCUUUAAUGCCAUUGAAAGAUAUGAAACAUGCAGAUAUUUUGGACCAGUAUGAAAUGAACAUGGCUGAUGGAAAUAUAACACCUGACGUUCUAGAACAUUUAUCUCAAAGAACUACACAGAACCAUAGAGAUGGUAUAUUUGGUGAAGAGUUUAGAAAGACAGUUAGGGAGAGAGAAGGAAGAGAACCUAUUGUACAUGACCUUGCAAACGAAAGUUUACAAAAUGUCAUAAAAACUUACUUUGCAGACGAUGAAUCGAGAAGGGAUGAAUAUUUAAGAAAACUCAAAUGGACAGUACCAAAUGAAAUGUUAGUAUUGAAAAACAUGUUCCUUGACAAAAUAAAACCAACUACAGAAAUAAACGACGCAAGACUGAAAGAUUGGGUAAAAGCUUUCCCAUUCACAAAAGAUAUAGUUGGUAACAUGGAAAGAAAACCAGAAUGGCUACAAAAACAUAUAUUUGGAAACGAGCUUAUUCCAUAUGGACAGGCACUGUUUGA